AUGGGUACCCCAUCCUCCAUACCCAUAAACCCUAACCCCAGUCCUAGUCCGCCGUUACCUCAGUCGCCCCCACCGCAAACGCUGCCAUUGCCGCAAUCGCCACCACCUCAGUCGCCACCACUACCCCCAGACCAAACACCAACCCUCAUUCCGCCGACUCCCCUCUCGCCGCAAACUGAACCGCAAACUGAAACACCAAUUCUUGACACUCAUUCCCCAGAAACAAUGCCUGAGCCUACGCCUACUCAAACGAAAACCAAACGCAAAACUCAAAAGGCUGCAGGUAGACCCAAGAAAGCCCCUGUCGGAAAACGAAAACAAGUACCCUCUGUUCCUUUCGACCUGAAUUCUCCACCCCAACCUUCCUCUGAACCAAUCAGCAAAAGGACUAGGUCCUCCUCGCAAACUCCAGCACCAGCGGUCCAAACACCUAUAUCUCAGUCACCCUUACACUCUCCAGCGGCACCUGCGUCAUCUACUAAUGACCUAGAGGAGCAUCCUGAAGCCACUGGUACAGCAGACCCCACUACCUUUGCACCAGCAGAACCCCAACCAACCACUACACCACAAUUUUUAGCAGACAUUUUGUCCCUCUUAAGAUCCUUGGAAUCCAAAAUAGCAAGUUUAACUAUCCAGCCAUCUGUUCCCUCACCCGACACCACAGAAAUCCUUGCCACCUUGAAAAGAUUAGAAGUCAAAAUUGACACCAUGGGUCAGCAGCAGGACAUAUUUAAAGAAAUGAAAGACCUCACAGAAAAUUUGGAAACUGCUUCUGAAGCUUCGGAUGACAAUGAACCUACUGCAGAACCGGCGGACCACAGUGCAAAGAAGAAAGCCUUGACAGCAGAGCUUGAUCAGUAG